AUGUUUGAAUUGAUAUCUUCCUUCCUGUAUGAAGUGAUCCGAUAUGUUUUUCACGUAAUCUACCUCAUCUACACUGUAUGGAAUUUCAAUCAUCAUCAUUAUCCUGAUAAUCACAACAAUAAGAAUAGCAACAACAAAUAUGAUCAACAAUUCAUAAACGAACAAUGUGGAGAAAGUAACUUUCCACUACUCCGAUCUCUUCUAAUUGAUUCCAUUGAAUUAUUAAAGGCUUGUUUUAAUUUUGUAUUUGAAAGUUUUGGUGAUGAAAAACAAAGAACAUUUUCAAAGCCUUCGAAACAAAAGCCACGAAGUGUUUGUAUUAUUGGAGCAGGAGUUUCUGGCUUGGUUUCAUUAAAGACAAUUAUUCACGAUUAUUCGGAUGUGGAUUUUGCUAAUGUGAUUGUGUUUGAGAGGAGUGAAAGUGUUGGAGGAUUGUGGAAUUGCAAUCAGGCUGGGAAGAGUAAGCAAUUUUAUGAAUUAUUGAUGGAAAGUGGAAAGAAUUUGAUGGAUAAUAUUGAUAUCUCACCAAUGUAUGCCUCAUUGCAUACGAAUACGAGUAGGGAUUUGAUGGGAUUCUCUGAUUUUCCAAUGAAUGAGAAAUUUCCUGAUUUUCCUUCGUGUGAACAAGUUAAUAAUUAUUUGAAGGCCUAUGUGGAAAAGUUUGAUUUGAUGAGAUAUGUCAUGUUCAAUACAGAGGUUGUCAGCGUGAGGAAGAAGGAUAAAAUUGAUCAGGCAACUUGUAAAUUCUUUGAGAGGAAUCAUGUGGACAAACUCACCAAGUGGAUUGUGAUUACGAAAAAUCUUUUAACCAAUGAAUGUGUUGAAAGAGAGUUUGAUGUUGUCAUUGUUGGCAAUGGAAAGAAUACAAAACCUAGAUUACCAGAACAGUUCAAAAAUCUUGCACAGACCUACAAGCUUGGAAAGGUAUUCCACUCUAAAAUUUAUCAAGACGAUUAUGAAAUUUUCAGAGACAAGACAGUAUUGAUUAUUGGUAGUGGCUCUUCUGGAAGUGAUAUUGCUAGUAGAGUUGCACUAGUCACAGAGAAUACCUACAUUUCAGUUCAGAAAGGUGCCUCUCUGUUACCUAAAUAUUUAGAUGGAAAACCUAUUGAUUUCAAUGUGGCAAGAAGAAGAUACUUUACAUGGCUUCCCAAAAGGAUACAAACCAUGAUUUUGAACUUUUUCAUCAAUAACAGACUUCCUAAAUCUAAACUUUAUCAUCCUUUCAAUUCAAAUCCAUCAAGAAAUCACACAGUUGGAUUGAGUUCAGAACUUAUUGUAGAGAUUGGAUUUGGAAGAGUGAAAGUGCACCCUCCACUUGUAUCUUUUUCUGAAUCGGAAAUCAAAUUUGAAAACGGAACAAGUUUGGCCCCAGAUUAUAUAAUACUAUCGACAGGAUAUGAAUUACACUUUCCAUUUUUAGAGGAUGAUAUUUUACAAUUGGACGAGAAUAAGAGUAGAACAACCAAGCUUUAUGAGCAUAUAUUUCAUAUGGAUUAUCCCAAUUUGAUUUUCCUUGGACUUCCAUUCACAGUUCAUCCUCUAAUUGUCUGUGAACUACAAGCAAGAUAUGCCAUUUCUGUUCUAGCUGGACAAAAUUCCAUUCCCACAAAGGAAGCAAUCAAACGUGCCAACCAGACAAAAAUAACGAAUUUAGAAAGUAUAUCAAUUAAUCCAAUCAAAUUCUUCCACAGAGAAUAUCAUUUGGACUAUUGUGACAAGUUGGCAAAACUAGGAGGAUUUUUCCCAAAUCCAUUCAAGUAUGAAAACUUUCCUUACUUUAAGGAUUUGAUAUUUGGCCCUUUUUAUGGAAUUCAUUUUCGUAUGCAAGGUUGUGGAAAGUUAUCUGACAAUCAAAUAGCAUCCAUUCUCACAAGAUAUAAGGAAAAUGAGUGA